AGCCAACCAACUAACUAACUAGCUAAGUCUUUUCGAAUGAAUCAAAGGCUAAAAGGUUAAAUCAAACAAUGUACAAAGUUAGCCGAAUACAAAUAUUUAUCUGGCAGCCUUAUCGGAGCGCGUAUUUCACGUCUACUUAAAUCCGAAUAUUACUAUAUAAGAAGAUACGAAAACAAUUUAAAUAGUCACAUUAGUCGGUCACUUUACUAGUUAAUAAGUAUCCGGCACCGGCACCGUCGCAUGCAUGAACCUUACGACGAAUUGAUGUCGAGUGCACCAGUCUAAGUGCUGUGUGAUUUUGUUUUUCCAUUUUUUCGAUACGUUUCGGUUUCAACAUGACAAAUUCAGACAGUGAAGCUAAGUCAAAGACUAAACCGGUGCAGCAUUACUACGAAGAGAACGACGUGGAUACUUAUUUCGCCGACCAAAAAAUCAAAGUUCCCGACGAUGACUCGACGAAAUUCAGCUUCAGGAAACUUUGGGCGUUCACCGGUCCGGGUUUCCUUAUGUCGAUAGCGUAUCUGGAUCCCGGCAACAUUGAAAGUGAUUUGCAAUCGGGCACCGUGGGCAACUUCCGAUUAUUAUGGGUACUUUUCGCCGCCACCAUAUUGGGGAUGGUUAUGCAAACUUUGGCAACAAAAUUGGGAGUUGUCACGGGUCUCCAUUUGGCGGAGAUGUGCUACAGACAGUAUAAGAAAGUUCCACGAUUAAUACUGUGGAUUAUGGUGGAGAUUGCCGUAAUUGGAUCUGACAUGCAGGAGGUCAUAGGGACUUCCAUAGCCAUUUAUCUGUUGUCUAACAAAGUGAUUCCCUUGUGGGGAGGCUGCCUCAUAACAAUUCUGGACACCUUCACCUUCCUGUUCCUAGACAAGUACGGGCUGAGACUCCUGGAAAUGUUCUUCGCCCUCCUCAUCCUAAUUAUGGGCAUCAGCUUCGGCUACGAGUACACCGUGUCCGGCCCUUCACAAGUGGAGGUCAUUAAAGGCAUCUUCGUGCCCUGGUGCAAAGACUGCGACUCCGAAGUCCUGUUACAAGCCGUGGGUGUUAUCGGAGCAGUCAUCAUGCCCCACAAUCUUUACCUUCACUCCGCCCUGGUUAAGUCCAGAGACGUCGACAGGACCAAACCUGAGAAGUUGAGGGAGGCCAAAAAGUACUACUUUAUUGAAAGCUCUUUGGCGUUGGUGUGCAGUUUUAUUAUCAACGUAUUUGUGGUGUCCGUGUUUGCCAACGGGUUGUUCCAGAAGACCAACAACGAACUGUUGGACCAAUGUGCUAACUCAACAUUCAUGUACGACAAGGCUAAGGAAGUGUUUGCAAACGACGACGAGUACGUGGAGGCAGACAUCUACAAAGGAGGCAUAUUCUUAGGUUGUGCCUACGGAACGGUCGCCAUGUACGUUUGGGCUGUUGGUAUCCUCGCAGCCGGUCAAAGUUCAACAAUGACCGGCACCUACUCCGGCCAGUUCGCCAUGGAAGGCUUCCUGAACUUAAAGUGGGCCAGGUGGAAGAGGGUGCUCUUCACCCGAAGCAUCGCCAUGGUUCCCACAUUCUUCACGGCCUUCUUCAGCUCCUUAAGCGAUUUGACGACGAUGAACGACUAUUUGAACGCCGUGAUGAGCUUGCAACUUCCCUUCGCCGUCAUUCCCACCAUCGCCUUCACCAGUAAUCCCAAGAUUAUGGGACAGUUCGUCAAUGGGAUGGCGUUCAAAAUAGUCUCGAUUAUUUUGAGCAUAACAGUGGUGGGGAUCAAUACGUUCUUUGUAGUAGAAAAAAUCUCGGCGAACAAUUUAGAAACAGGAGUGUUACUAAUAACUAUUCUGGUGGCGUUACUUUAUCUCCUGUUCGUGAUUUAUUUGGGCUUCCAUUUGUACAUUUCCUUCGGUGGUAAACAACUGGAGAGCCAUGAACUCGUCCAAAAGUAUGUGGUUGUACCUGAUAUGAAUAUACCAAAGAAUAAAAUUUAGAAUUAAUUGUUAUUAUAUUUAUAUUUUAUAUUAAAAUUUGUUUUUAAAUAAAUUUGUUGUAAAAUA